AUGUUGACGUCGCCAUAUGAAUCACUUUGGACUACCUCUGGUCAGACCCAACGCCCGGAUGCAAAUAAAGUCCCCCGGCGAUGGAAGUUCACAGCAGCCUGGUGCGCGGCUCUACAGCUGAUCGGAUAUAUGAUGCUGGCCGUAGUGGUCGGCACCCCGGCGCAUGAACUGCGAAUCGAUGCCAACGCGUCUAAUGUCUGUGCCUUCGCGUUUAUCGGUGUCUCCUACGGCGUAUCAGCCCUGAUCGCCUUCACCAAACGGCAUCAACUGCGUUUUCUACUCCACUCGGUCUUCAUCCCAUACGCGACCAUGAAUCUGCUUGCGCUUUUGAACAUACUUUUCCAUAUUCAUGGCCGAAAACUGCACAUGAACACCCUUCGAAUCGUGGUGAUCUGCCUGCCCGCUGCCUUCUCGUUUGUCUACGCUGUCGCAAGCAUCCUGAUCUAUCGAGAAUAUGGCCGGCAACGAGCGGAGGAAGCCACGAUGCUACUCAGUGAUGAAGAGUUGCAAAGACGUCAGCUGCUUCGCUUAUUGGGAGAACGGGAUACCAGUGCUCCAUCGCCCGAUCUCGUACGGAACACUUACCGCUUCGAUUUGCCUGAGCCUCCGGAGGACGAUGCGCGGAAGUAUUGGAGUAAUAAUUCCUGA